AUGCCGAUUGCUGGCGCCGGUAAGCUCAUCGAGGCCAUGCGCAAUCUCAAGCAUUCUUCGCAAGACGCGAAGAAGGCAGAGCAACGUUUGAGGAACAUGUGGGAGGAGGCGACGUCGGAUAACGUGCAGCUGUGGUUGGCUUUGCGGGAGUUGGGUUUCAAGCGGACGAAGAAGUCUGAGUUCGAGGACGCUAAAAACAAAUUUGUCAGCGAGAAGACGAACAGGAUUAUCAGCGAGUGCUGGCUGGUGCACAAGCGCAAUGGCCAGACCUGCAAACAGAGAUCGGGUUCGCCGAACCUGCCAAAGGGGUUGGAUCCGUCGAAAGUGUGGAUCGUGGACAAGUGCAUUCCUCUCGAAAAGCUUGGCGCUGGUGUCAUGAUGUGGGAGACCGCGGUGGGGAAUCGCCUGUCAGUGCGGCCAUCGCAGGAGGGCACUCCAGCCGUGGAGGACGGCCCCGCGCCUGGCUCGCCAAAGGGCGACGGUGCGGACAGCGAGCUGUGCCCGCCAGAGAAAAAGAGGCCGCGCCUGCAGAGACACGAUUCAGACCCAGGCGGGGCGUGCACCAUGCAUAAGAUAGCGCAGCGAACCGCAGACUGCAUCGAGAAGAAGCAGUUUCGGAGCUCCGAUUUGUCUCGCAGUGAUACGGUGGAGUUCUGGACGAGGAGUUUCGUCAAGCACGUGGAGACAGCAGGCGCGGGGCCAUUCCCGGAGCACUUCAGUGAUUGCGUGAAGGGCGCGGUGAAGGCAACGCUGAAUUCUCGGUGUUACAGCGAACUAAAACACUUGACCGCUUGGUUGCAGAAGUUGACGGAGAAGGCCCCGGCGCUGGUCCCGAAGAUGGGACAGGCCAUGGUGCAGCUGGCGUCAUUUGACCCGACUUCCACGAAGGCCCCAGACUCAUCAAUGUUGGACAUUUACGGCAGUUACAACUUCGCGGACAGCGAGCUGCACAAGGAUCUCACGCAGCAAAAGGCGGGAUUCGCGCUCCGCGCCCUGAAGAAAAACACGGCGACCCCCUUCGGAGAGAGGGCCGCCAAGGCCCGAGGUCUGUUGGAUGCGAGCGCCUCGAGCCUAACGAAUGAGCAGAAACCUGAGCUGAGCGUCGUGGCGACCGUGUUCGGGGAUGCAACGCAGCACGCGAAGGUCAUGUACAUGCUGGAAUCCGCUGACCGUUUCGCCAUCUUGAGGGAGUGGGCCGACAAGCGCGAGUUCUUGGUGCUCGAGGUCUUCUUCGGCGACGCUUCGACGUGCAAGAAGUUGGGCCGCGACGCCACCGGGAAGGCGUGCGGCCUCCUCGCCGAAGAUCAGACGGCAGCCAAUCUCUUGAAGCAGUCAACGGCGAAGACCUUGUUCGAGGCGUUCCGCGCGCUGCAGUCGCGGACCGCGAAAGCCACGCAGAAGGGCGAUGUGCCAGAGGCCUCCGAGGCGAAGCUCCAAGCUUUCCGGAAGGGGGAUCCUGGUGGCGCGUGGUCGGAGGCAGAAGUUCUCCUGGCGCAGCGGUGGGUGGAGUCGUCCACGGCGUUGUCCAAGGCGUUGGGGAAACAUUCAGUUGAGAGGGGCCCCUUCCUGGGCGUCGUCCUGGGGCAUUCGCAGGCGAGGAAAGCGCCGACCAAUGACCCCAAAUCGUCGGGGGCAGCGUCUUGCGAGGCCGUCGCCAGCGCAGAGGCCGCGGCUCCUCCAACCGCAGAGGCAGCGGCUUCUGCAGCCGCGUCGGCGCAGGCCAGCCUCGCCCACCCCGCGGGGCAGGGCGCCGCCGCGCCUCCGGCCGGCGCGGCGGCGGCGGCCGACGGCGAGCAGUGGGCGGUGGGCGACAAAUGUGUCCUCAGCGCUGUCAAGAACAAGGCUGCGCUGAACGAGCAGAAGGCCUUCGUCCGCAAGGUGCUCAGCAAAAAGUUGCGAGUGCAAUUAGAGACUGGUCCUUGGAAAGGGCAGGAGGUGGAUCUCGAGAAGCAGCGAGCGAGGAAUAGUUCGGACGUGACACCUGCAACGGGCGGCCCGCCGGGCGGCGCGGCCAGCCAUGGCGGCGGCGCCCAGGCCGAGGCCGACGCCGAGGCCCAAACCGCUAACAAAGCCAAGUUCGUAGCCCUUUUCGGGAAGACGGAUGACAUUCAAUGA